GCUCAAGCAAGAUAUUCCCACAGAUAUACGAUGCAUGCUUUGAGAUUAUCUUAGUUUACAGACAAUAAGAUCGACCUCACGUCAUACUGGCGACUCCUUUUCGACGCCAAAUGUGACGUACCUCACCCAGUCCUAUGGCUGCCAGGAGCCGAUUCCUGCCUGAGAUCAGGGCUCACGACAAAAAGGAUGGCUUCGUGCCUGCGCGUGCAUACACGUCAAAGCUCGGCUCGUGGAGAUUCCUCCGACGUCGACGUACAAUCCUAGCCAUACUUGGGAUAUGCUUCCUGUAUCUAUUCUUCAAGAACAUGCCCACAGACUUGCCGCCAGUCUCAGAACGUUACGAUUCGCGCUUCGGUCGAUUGAGUCCCGGGCUACAACAACAGCAAGCAUGGCAAAGUCAAGAACAGACCGGUAUCGGAAAGGACAACAAUUAUGAAGGGCCUAUAGUGUUUCUACACCUCGGAAAGUCCCUUCGCAGGGUCUCCGCUACUCGCGACUCAAAGGGUAGUAUUCUGUUUGCUGUAUCAAGGCUCGAGAGCAUACCACGAAUACUGCCGGUCGCUUGUUCCAUGGCACAGUACAAUCGAACUCGUGUGCAAGUCGCCUUCAUGGGACGUUCAAUUGCCAGCUGGGCAGACAUAAAAGCUCUGAACGGUAUUCCACGCGACGACUGUGAUGUACUUCUUCACGAUGCGCGGCCAGACUUUCCAGCCCUCUCGUCUGAGACGAGGUUGGAUGUUAGUGCUAGGGCAAGCUUGGGACACAUUCAUUCAUAUGCACAGCUUAGUGCGGUACUAGUCGGCGACGAUGACUUCGAGGCUGGCUAUUUUGUCAAAGCAUUGAGAGAGAAAUCCAAUGCGUUGGGUCUUUCACUUAUCGCUCUGCCUGCUGGUGGUCUCGGAAGUCUCUCUUGGGUUUCCUCUCUGGGAGCUGCAUCUCUGAAUCAUGUCAGCAAGAUUCACGUCGAUAUUGUGAUCCAGGCACAGCCCGAAUCUUCGGCAUCGCUCAUUCGGCUUCUACGUUCAAUCAAAGAAGCGGAUUACUCUGGCUGGGCCGUGCCACGCCUGAUCAUCGAGCUUCCAGCCGAUGUCGACCCGUUCCUUUCUGACUACAUUUCACGCUUUCAGUGGCCCUCUGAUGAUAGCAGUGGUAACACCAAGUUGGUGGUAAGACGUCGAGUCGACAAGAACGUUCUGUCACCUGCCCAAGCAUCCCUGCGAACAAUUGAGUCUUUUUUCCCUUUGACCCCUGCCGAAUCUCAUGUCCUUCUGCUCUCACCUCGGGCAGAGCUCUCACCGAGCUACUUUCAGCUGUUGAUGUACACGCUGCUCGAGUAUAAAUAUGCUGCAAAGAGGACAGAUCUAGCCAACCGCCUCAUCGGGUUCUCACUGGAUCUUCCAACACAUGCCCCAGACCUCGAAACAGAGGCGCCUUGGACAUCAAGUCGGCUGAAUGAGCCACUCGUCCUUUGGCAAGUGCCGAAUACCAACGCAGCACUGUACUUUGGUGAGCGCUGGGCGGAGUUGCGUUCUUUCUUAUCCCUUCGGCUCGAGCUUGAUGCCGAUCUGUCUGGAAAGGUGCCUUCUACUCCGACCAUGUCUCAUGAGUUCCCAUCUUGGUUGCAAUCUAUGCUUGAAAUGAUGAGGGCACGUGAUUACUGGAUGAUGUAUCCAAACUACGCGGCCACUCGAGGUUCGGCAGCAGUGACGAUGCAUCGUGAAUUGCCUACCUCUCCAGAGGAGUAUAUGCAGGACCAAUCAGGCCAGCAAGCCACAGAGGCGAAUGGGCUUCAGAUGGCGGCGGAGCAGGUCCUCACAGCAAAUGACGAGGUAAAGCGAUUGACACGAAAAGAGCAUCGGCCGCAUCCUGCCUCGCUCGUAGCGCCGCUCUUGGAGUCAAUGAGUCUGGAGAUGCGGCAGAGCAACCUUGUAGAUGCCAUGCCGUUGAUAUCGUACAGUGGAGUUAAGAUUGAAUGGGAGGAGUCUGGAGCUUCGGCGUGGCAGUUUGCUAAGGAUUUCGCGCAGACGGUCGGAGGCUGCGCUAGCUACGACCCGGGGCACCAAGGCAGCGGCUCUGUCGAGUCACUGUUUUGUCUGGCGGGACGAUAGAACAAUUGAAUCAAGUAUUCGACGCCCAGCCGAGCGUGAUCAAAAUUAUACUCAUUCAUUCCUGGGAGUGUUUGCCGAGCAUUUUUACACGUUGUGUUCAACAACGAGCACAUCAGCGAUGGAAUUCAUGGGAAAUCUUGUAUGCUGUGAAUGCAAUUGUUUCGAGAAGGCAAGAUGCGCACAAGAUCGACAUGAUCGCGCCGCCGU